UAUAGCUGAGCAUCGCUUCCUGCAAAAGGCGACUCAGGGCGUCCCACUUUCCAAUAGGCAUGUACUUGGGUUCGCCGAUGCCUUGUGCAAAGUGGCAGUAAAUAUUCGGCCUGUCGCCCACGACAGCUUCAUCCACCUCCUGACUUAACCCUAUGAACAACUUACAAACCGAUUAACUGGAGCAGUUCCCUUUCAGAGUAAAAAAACCGGUUGUGCGCAGUUUCCGGUGUUUACACCGCGAUCAGCGGCUCUGCCUUUGUCUCCCUCGUCCUGACCACUUCGGAGGCCGCCAGUUGUCUCUUGAGAAGCAGAGGGCGUCGAAUCGGCGCCGACACAAUGCGUCGGCAGGCGUUUGAGUGUAGCAAGGCGCUGAUCGUGUCCAAGCUGUCACGCUACGAGUUCGAGCGCUUCCGACAACCGAGCCUCUCGACCGCACAGCUGGAGAAGGCCCUCAGGGACCGCGGCUCCGACUACGAACUUCUUCUGCACCACCACCACGUGCACAAGUCGUGCGAGGCGGCUGUCGAUGCCGCCCUUCGCGCCCGCAACAUUCAAACGAAAGUCGUCAAUAGGUUGAACUUCAAGGAGGCGUGCGUCGAGUGGGCCGACGCUGUGUUCACGGCCGGUGGCGACGGCACUUUCCUGCUGGCCUCCAGUCGCAUCCCUGACAACCGCAAACCCGUGAUCGGCUUCAACUCUGACCCGACGCGUUCUGAAGGCUUCCUCUGCUUGCCAGGACACUUCUCGAGGAACAUUUCCGAGGCCGUGGAGCGUCUCGUCACUGGCGACUUCCACUGGACGUUCAGGACGCGCGUCCGCAUCACCCUGGUCGGCAGCAACGUCUUCCAGCCGCCCAUCGAGCUGCACGACCAACAGCUCCUGCACCCUGAGUACAGUGAGGAUAAGGAAAUGUUCUUCGACUGCCUUCAGGAGCAGCACAAAAGCGCCAAAACGGACAAAAGGACGGACCAGCAAAAGAGGGUGCUACCAGUUUUGGCUCUGAAUGAGGUGUUUAUGGGUGAGCGUCUGUCAGCCAGAGUAUCCUACUACGAAAUCAAACUCAAUGGCGGGCAAAAGGUAAAGGUCAAAAGUUCUGGUCUGUGCGUUGCCACUGGGACAGGAUCCACAUCGUGGGCUUACUCGAUCGGCCGCCUCUCCACCGACAGCGUUCACGAGUUGCUCAGGGCGCUGCAGAGUGAACGGCCUGACAUCGAACUUAAUCUUGGGGACCGGCAGCUGCUUGAACGCGUCACUGACCGAUUUAACAAUGCCCUUGUUUUUGGACCAGAGGAGAGCCGAUUGAACUAUGUGAUUCGGGACAUGAUCAGCGCGUCAGUGUGGCCGGCGCCGCGUGGCGUCAUCUCGCCGCGCGGCUUUGCACAUCUUCUGGAGGUGAAAUCUCGGUGCGGCGACGCGGCCCUGGUCGUCGAUGGCGGUGUUUCGUUUAACUUUAAUGACGGCACGGUUGCCGUUAUGGAGGUGCACCCUGAGGACUCGCUGCGCACCGUCACCCUGGUCCUGCCCAACACCGCCUGAGCCGCCCGCAAACUAGCUGUGAGACCAAUCAUUCCUGCGAUGCUAAACCUUUCUUGUGAUUCAAAUUCAAAAAGUGCAAAGCUGUUAGUCAGAGACAAGUCUUCGAAAGAAUUAAAUAGUGCCUCUAGGUGCUCCCUCGGUUUUAAACGGUAGCUGCCAGUCCCUCCUGUACAACACUGAUGGCCUGGAAAUUAUACAAUGGUGAUGAUUGGAGCUCAAAAGAUUAAAUUGUUUUUGUUGAUAAUAUAUAAUACAUCGAAUUUUAUUUGUGUAAUAAAACUAUUCAUUUUGUAAGAAGUGAAAUAAAUGUGCCACAGAUUAUUUCUUAAA